UAAUUACGACCAGAGAUCUAUAGAUUUUUUAUGCAUAUGAGUUGACCUUAACUUCGGAAUUUACCCUGUUCUAUUUUUGUGAACAUUACCAAAUUAGAUAACCAAGUGUCUAUCUUAUCGGGUACUGAAAGUUCAAAUGCUUUGACAUGAUGCUGUCAGGUUACAGUAUUCCAUAACUCAUGAUAGCAUCCAGCAAGUACCAUCUCUCGAAGUAUUCAGUGUUGCACAGGUUAUUCGCCUACUAACUGAAAUGAUAAGGAUUCGCAAAACGCUGCUCCGAAAUAAAUCUGGCGCUCGAUUCUUCUCGCUUGUGCUUAGCGUUUUUUAAGUACUCAAGACCACAUGCUUAAGAAAAAUGGCGCACAAAGAGGAUGUCGAAGAAGACGAACCACUGUUGAAUCCCAAUCCAGUCGGUCAAGAAGACCGGUCAUUAUUGUCAUCCAUGAAUUCGGUGGAUAGUGUGGAUGUUCCUCUUUUAAUUGCUUCUCAGGAUCUCCCCAAACCUCGACAGCAACGAAAAUUCUUUUGUAUUGACGUGGAAUUUUUAAAUAUUAUACUGUUAGGUUUGGGAUUUAUGUUUUCUAUUGGAGCCUAUCAAACAGCAGCAAUGGCUCAGACGGUGGUGCUCAACAGCGUAAAAGACGACUGGUUUCAAGGGACCUCAACAAUGGGAUACAUUUGUCUAGCAAUCAACUGUGGAACGCAAGCGGUAGCAUAUCUUCUUGGGCCAUCCAUCGUGGCAAUUAUUGGUCCAAAACUAGCGAUCGUUGGAGGAGCAGUUUGCAUAAGUUUGUUCAUAUCGACAUUUCUGCGACCAAUUGCAAUUACUAUUUACAUCGGUUCUUCCAUACUUGGAUGGGGCGUCGGUAUAAUAUGGGUCGUGCAAGGUUAUUUCGUCACUAUCAAUUCCACAAAAAGCACAAACGGAAGAAACACCGGCAUCUUUUGGGCACUGUACCAAACAAGCUUAGUGACUGGAAAUAUGUUUUACUUCCUGAUGCUGCACGGACAAGAAUCCAUUGAUCCAACGACUCGCUUCAUAGUCUUCGCCGUUCUUCUGGGUGUUUCCGUACUUGGUAUCGUGACCUUCAGUUUACUAGUGCAUCCAUGGACAGGUAAACCUCUUCGACCUCCUACGGAAGAAACGGAAAUAGACGAGUUUGAAUAUCAAGGCCCGAAGCAAGCACUAGUGGCAACACUGAAGUUUGCAAUGAAAAAGGAGAUGUGGAUUUUACUGCCCAUGUUUCUGUAUAUCGGGAUUGAACUAUCGUUUUGGGUGAAUGUUUACGGAACCUGCCUUGGCUAUACUUUGCGAUUUGGCAUUAUUCGAGAAUCGCUUGUUGGACUGAAUGGAGUUUUUGUCGGCAUAGGGGAAAUAACAGGAGGUUUUGCACUGGGCUUAUUGGGAAAAUGGUCACAUCGGAACGGAAAGGACCCCGGCAUUCUUUUUGCCAUGCUCAUUCAUUUUUGUUGCUUCUACUUGGCGUUUCUUAAUCUUCCAGCCGAUUCACCUCUUGGUAAAACCCCGGAGAAAUCGCUUUUAGAGCCAAACGAGGACAUUGCCAUGCUGUGUGCUUUCCUGCUGGGCUUUGGUGAUGCAGUCUGGAAUAACCAGCUGAUGGCCUUUCUUGGGAUUGUUUAUCCUCACGAAACCGUCGCCGCAUUUGCAGUGUACCAGUUUUGGGGCUCAAUCGGAAACACUGUUGCGUAUCUGUAUUCAACGGUUUUGCUACUUCCUUAUCAACUGUUGCUCUUGGUUGUUUCUGCUGUGCCGGCAGCCUUCGGGUUUUUUAUGGAAGAAUGGAAAUGGGGAUUUUUGGAUUCCGAGGCUUACAAACGGCUACAUCGGAAAAAUUCUGAUCCUGAUUUUAACGAACCUGAAAGAAGCAUUUAUGAACCACAAUGUGUUGACCAUCAUGCUGAUCAAUCACUAAUAAUCCCCUGAUUACAGUAAUUACCUGCCUAUUUGAGAGCGCGGUGAAAAUUUACCGUUUUAUGAAUCAUCAAAAGGUCAUUUUCGUGGUUGUUGGUAUUAGAGGCGCUCGGAUUAUUGAUGGUACUGAUUCCGGCGACCAUGUCAGCAUUCAAACAACACAAAAGAUAAAAAACAGCAUACAAGCCGUACCGUACCUAUAUCUGUAUAAAUCUGGAUAUCUGUAAUUGCUUCCCUAUCAUGCAGCAGCACCUUAUUGACCGUGUUGUAGAUUCGUACUACAAUACAUAUAAUGUACUGUACUUACUUAUGCUCAACGUGUAUUAAACAAAUCUGUAGUCAGCGG